AUGUCGGAACACCAUCAUUCAAAAACCAAAUUUUGUAUACGAAAUAAGCUUUCACAGAAACCACCGAAUACUGCUAGUGGUGACCAACCAUUGACAAACAACCAUAAGAUGAAAAAAAUGCUUUCUCCUCCAACAACGCCACCUUCUGAUUCUGAAGAAUCUAAUCAAAUCCGUCUCAAAAAAUCCGUCGAACUACCAUUUUCAAUCAACACACAACUAAAAGAGCGACAAAAUCAUUUUGACGGUGCGGUUACACCGCCGCCAAGCCCACCAGCGUUACAAUCGCCACUUCAUCAUCCACAAACGGACAACACCAAUAAUAUUUCUGAGGAUGUUGAACUCAAGCUUGGCCAACAUGAAACCGAAAUGAAAAACUCUUGGAAUAGGACAUCAUCACCGGUAUUUAAUCUUGCUAUUAUGCCACAAAAUCAUGAGGUUGAUAACGCAGAAAACGACGAAGUCGAAAAUAAUAGUAAUAUUCGUCCAUCACCCGCUUCAGAUAAAACGUCUACUGUGGCGGCAGCAACUGCAAUAAUGGGAUCGAAAUCAGCUAGACAAGAUGGUUCUUCUGUAUCAGCUUUUGAUUGGACAACUCACAUGGCGAAACUGAAUAAGAGAAAUAGCUUGAUUUCGCGUAUUUCACCGAUUAAAAAUCGACGUCUCUCCAACGUGACGUCAAACCUUAAUCCUAAUUCGACGUCAAACGUUACUCCGAGUUCGACAAAUUCAUCACCUAAAGUUUCAGUCUCGAAAAGAAAUUCAAACUCUUCAAUUUCUUCAUUGAAAAUUGAGAAUCUCGAAAAUGAAGUUGUGGCAGACCCUUCUGAGAAUGUCCUUUCCAACAGCAGCAGUUUACAAUCUAAUUCGCCAGCAACGUCAUCUUCCAACAACUAUGGUACUAUAGGGUCCUCAUCUACAGCUCCAAAAUCAACGACUUCAAGUCGAUUCUCGUCAAUCUCGAAAGAUGGCAAAUUAGCGCGUAGACGCAAACAACGAAAUCAAAAUUUAUCGUCAUUAUCAAUCAUGACGGACGGAAUUCCAAUGUUAUCUUCGUAUGUGAUGGCGAGUUCAAAAAGAAAUAAAGAAUUUCAUUCAUUGUUUAGCAUUCCUGGGAAUGAAUAUCUUAUUAAUGAUUAUGGUUGCGCACUGCAGCGUGAAAUCCUGGCACAAGGGAGAAUGUAUAUUUCAUUGCAACACGUUUGUUUUCAUGCAAAUAUUUUUGGUUGGACUACUGACGUUGUAAUCAACUUCGCAGACAUAGUUUCAAUCGACAAGAGAAUGACCGCGUUGAUAAUUCCCAAUGCAAUUCAAAUCUCCACCAAAAAACAAAAGUUUUUCUUUGCUUCUCUCUUAUCACGCGAUGCUGUAUACGAAUUAUUAAUGAUACUAUGGCGAGCGUUUUCGGCAGCGAGUAAAACCUCGAUAUCGUUUAUGCAUGAGCCGGGGUUAAUAGCGCUUGAGGAAGAAGACGAGAGAAAAACGC